UCCUACGGCCGCUCGGCGGUGGGAGAGAUUCUCAAGAUUCGAAGAGUCAUGUCCUGCUCUCCUUCUUCCCUCAGUCUCCAUUUCUUUUCCUCUUCUUCUUCUCUCCUCUCUGCUUCGAGCUUCGCCGCUGCUACCUUCCACUCCAAAGACUCAUUUUUUCCACCAAAACAACCCAAAUUCCCUUCCAAGAAAAUCUUCAUCUCCGCGUCCUUAAACCGAGACAAUGUUCGGACGAUCAGGACCGUUGAAAUCGCUAAUUCCAUUACUGACCGCGGAGGCAGCCCUCCUGGAGAACCCCCCACUGGAGUUGACGGCGGUGGCGGUGGAGGGGAGGAAGAUGACGACAACAAGGAGGAGGAGGAGGAGUUUGGCCCGGUUAUGAAAUUCGAGGAUGUGAUCCGCGAAGCCGAGGCUCGAGGGGCGACCCUCCCUUCCGAUAUGCUUGACGCUGCCAAGUCCAUUGGCAUCCGAAGGCUUCUUCUUGUUCGAUACCUAGACUUGCAGGCCUCGCCUUGGCCGCUGGGCGUUGCGAUGAGGUCAUGCUCUCUACUCCGCAACCGAAUGCUAGCUGACCCGUCUUUUCUCUUCAAAGUCGGCACAGAGGUAGUUAUAGACGCUUGCUGCGGGACCUUUGCAGAGAUUCAAAAGAGAGGGGAAGAUUUCUGGCCGGAGUUUGAGUUGUAUGCUGCCGAUCUUUUAGUGGGCGUGGUGGUGGAUAUUGCAUUGGUGGGUCUUUUGGCGCCUUAUGUGAGAUUUGGAAAGCCAGCUUCAUCAGCUGGGAUUUUUGGUGGCAUUUCACGUGCUUGUGAUAAUCUGCCCAGCAGUGUCUUUGAAGCUGAAAGACCUGGGAGCAGAUUUUCAAUCAAGCAGCGAAUUGGAACAUACUUUUACAAGGGAGUUCUAUAUGGGUCGGUCGGUUUUGUCUGUGGAAUUAUUGGCCAAGGCAUUGCUAAUUUGUUCAUGACUGCCAAAAGGAGCGUAAAUAAAUCAGAAGUCGAUAUACCAGUUCCACCACUUAUUAAGAGUGCUGCUCUUUGGGGUGUUUUCCUGGCGGUUUCUUCAAACACACGAUACCAGAUCGUUAAUGGUCUGGAACAGGUUGUGGAGGCAUCUCCUGUAGCCAGACGUGUUCCUCUAAUUGCAAUGGCUUUCACCGUUGGUGUGCGUUUUGCCAAUAAUAUCUAUGGGGGAAUGCAGUUUGUGGAUUGGGCUCGAUGGAGUGGUGUCCAAUGAAGGAUUAAUUAUUUUGUGCGGACACCGGGCGGCGUUCGAAGAUGAAGGAGAGCGCACCACAUCACUUUUUUGCUGUGUAACGGUAUUAUGUAUCACUGUAUACCGGGUGACGUGGUGCACUCUCAUUCGUCUCCAAACGGUCCCGUGUCUGCACUGAAUAAUUUCUCCCAACGAAGAGGCGGUCUUGUUCUUUUAUAAUUAUUAUCCAGACAAGAUUUACAACUAAGCACUCCAAAGGCAUUGCAGGGGG